AUGGCUACACGAUACUCAACUGUAAAACAUAGAGUACUUGAAGAGGAAAGUAAUGAAGAACUAAUCAAACAGUAUAAGAAGCUUCAAAAUGCUCCCAAGUUUGAUUUCAAUAGUGAAGAGGUUUACUGUAUUUGUAGGAAGCCCGAUAGGGGUGAACUUAUGAUAGGUUGUGAUGGAUGUGAUGAAUGGUAUCAUUUCAAAUGUAUGAAAAUUAACUUAUUGUAUAAAGAUUUGGUAGCCAAAUUUUAUUGCAAAUUUUGUACUUGGAAAGGAAAAGGCUAUACCCAUUGGAAAAGAAAAUGCAGAGCUGAUAAUUGUUGGAAUCCUAUUGAAAUCAACUCCAAAUACUGUUCUAAGCAGUGUGGUUUGAACUUCUUUAAAAAUCUCGUGGAUGUUGAUAAUAAUGAAACUUAUAAAGCAAUAAUUGACAAAGACUUUACUGUAGACGAAUUCCAAAAGCUUGGGAAUGAAUUUCCUGAAUUACCUGAAGUCAAGGAUAUUGAAAAUAAUAUAGGAAAAUUCCCAGAGGAAUUGAGAUUAGAUUUGACCAAACUCAUAAAUCAGUUAAAGGAUAUCAAUGAGAAUAUCGAAUUGUUUAACAGAAGAACAGAAUUGUUGUCUCAAUAUAAGAUUAAAAUGAAAGCAGUCAAUGAAUUGGUCACCAAAAAAAUGAAAAGUAAGAAGAAGAUAGAGUUAUGUCUUUAUGACAAAAAUCUAAGAGAAUUGUCUUCCAGUGUGAUCGAAGAAUUCGAUAUAGAGAAAGUUUCUGAUUAUGUGGUGAAUGAAGAUGAUGAAAAGGAUGAAGACCAAUAUGGUAAUAUCUGUAUUCACGAAAAACGGAAAUGUCCAAGACAUAAUGGUUGGAUCAACUUGGUAAAUGACGGGUUCCUUAGUUCGAUCUACAAAUAUCAAUCAACCUUGGCCAAAUUACAGCAAGAGGAAAAGUUGUUACUUCGUGAUUAUUCAAUUCAAGUCUAUGAACAGUAG